AUGCGAACGCCGGCCCGCCCUCGCUUCCCUCCACCCAUCAUCAAAUUCGCCGAGCGAGAUGAUAUCCCAGAAUUGGUGCGCGUCUGGCUUGCAGCCGAGAGAACCGAUCUUCUCAUGUUCUAUCACUUCCCCACAGAAGAAAGCAGAUCGGAGUACGCCAAGGAAGUAAUCAAACAAUUCGAAGAUAACUUCGAUAAGCCACAUCUUCUCGUGUUAAAGGCUGUGGAUCCUGAGACAAAGCAGAUCACGGCUAUGGCCGUUUGGCAGAAGAGGGGAUACAAAUUCAGUCCUCAGUCGGAUGACAUAUUCACAGCUGGCGGUAUCAUUUUGAAUAGGGUCUUGACGAGUAGCAGUGGCGGGAUUGUCUCAAACACCGAUUCAAAGUCGCUGGAACGCUAUAUUGCAAGCCAAUUCGAGCAUUUCUUGGCUUCAUGGAGUCGUGAUUCAAAACAUCUGUACCUCGCACUUCUCAUGACCGAUCCUCGGUUUCAACGAAGAGGCAUUGGGACCGCCUUGUUGGAAUGGGGUCAUAAAUAUGCCGACGAAGCUGGGAUCCCAGCAUUCUUAAUUGCUUCCCCAGUCGGACAUCCACUCUAUCAACAUGUCGGUUGGAAAGAUGUCGAGUCGCCUUUGCGGAUUGACAUGUCUCAAUGGGCAGCUGGUGCGCAAGGAGGCGAUAUGGGCUGGGGAGUGUACAGAUACUACUAUAUGCUGCGCAUGCCGAAAACGGCUGUCAGUUGA